AGUAAUUUGUAUUGCGAAAUGUAUAAAGCAGAAAUGCAAGUUAGCUGUGCACAGUAGCUCUCUCUACUUCAGAUAUGUGGCUGAUUAGUUUUUUUCUCAUUUCCUAUUGCAGUAGUGUGAAAACUUUGGCUUUGCCUGAGUACAUAAAGUCAUGCUACCGUAACGACCCCCACCUUAACGACUGCGCCCUCAAAUCUGGAAGGGACUCGAUAAAUCUCUUCGCCGCGGGGGACCCCUCAAGGGGUCUACGGCCCCUAGACCCCCUCCACAUCCCGGAAAUUAUAGUGCACAUCCCCGAUAAGAACGGCCUCAAAAUAUUAUUCAAAGACAACGACUUUAAGGGCCUGUCGCAUUUGUAUCUGUCGAAUAUUGAUUUCAACCUGAAAAAGAAAAUAAUAUCAGCGGAGGGUCUGGUGAGUUUGGACGUGAAGAACAAAUAUGAGCUCAGCGGGAAAAUCCUGCUGCUCCCGAUCUCCUCCCAUGGGGACUCCUCGAUUAAGUUAAAAAAUACGACGCUAAAUUUCCGCAUGUGGUACGAACAUGUGACAAAGGACGAUGGAAAAAUAUAUUGGAGCAUAACCAGACAUGAUGUCAAAUUUAGUGUAGAGAAAGCCAUCUUUCGACUGGAGAAUUUGUUAGGUGAUAAAAACAUUGGUGACCAAAUAAACAAUGUACUAAAUCAGAUGUCUCAAGAAGUAGUAGCCGAUGUCGGUCCGUCUUUAUGCGAUGAUAUCACGACCGAAGUGGUGAAAAAUAUUGACAUUUUGUUAAAUCAAGUGCCAUUCGACGAACUGAUGCCCGAAUAAAUACAACAUCAGAAAUAUU